AUGGCCAACUCCACAAGCCUUUGCAACUGGUGGCACGUCACUUGCGACUUGGCUGGGCACAUCAGACAGCUCAUGCUUAUCGAGACAAGUCUGAAUGGCACACUUGAUGACUUCGACUUCCCCGCCUUUCCCCACAUGGAGAAACUCAUCCUGUACGACGUUGGUCUAUAUGGCACAAUUCCAGCGGGGAUUGGCAACCUCACGAGUUUGGUUGUGUUGGACCUCAGCAGAAACCCAUAUUUGAGAGGCGCCAUUCCUCGCAGCAUUGGCCAGCUGAUGCACCUUGGUUUACUGCGAUUGAGAUAUUUGAAACUUGAUAGCACGCUACCUGAAGAGAUUGGUAACCUGACGAGCUUGGACGAGCUCGAUCUGUUGGUUACUUUGACCGGGUCAAUCCCACCAACAAUUGGGUUGCUCGUGAAGCUCCGGAAGCUUAUCCUGCGAAACAAUAAGCUGACAGGGAGAAUCCCGCUGGAGAUUGGAAACAUGACAGAACUGCAGUCCAUAGAGCUGGAUGGUAACCAUUUGGAAGGGCAGCUGCCAGGUACCAUCACUCAUCUGAGAAAACUCAGGUAUUUGUAUCUGUCAGAAAACCAACUUGGAGGCCACAUCUUCCCAGAGCUUGGGAAUAGCAGUCUCCUGGAUGAGGUCGAGAUUGCAAAGAAUAACUUCUUUGGGGUGUUCCCGCCAUCCAUUUGCGCAGGAGGUGCACUGAAAUUUCUCAUUGCUGGAUAUAAUGGAUUUACUGGCAUUCACCAUCAGACCUUUAAAAACUGCACAUCCUUGCACAAUGUUGACUUCACGGCAAACAACAUUGUUGCAGAGUUAAGGGACUGUUUUCAUGAGCAUCUUGGACAGCUUCAGGCAAUGGAUUUCAGUGAAAACCAGUUCUAUGGCACGGUUCUGACAGAUUGGGGCGAGGUAUUCCUUUGCAUGGCGGGUAUCGACUUAUCUGGCAACUUUCUUUCACAAGAGAUCCCACAUGGGCUCACAACGCUUCUUGGAAUCAGGUACCUGAACUUAUCAGGAAAUCAUUUGUCAGGUCGUAUUCCCAAAGACAUUGGCAAUCUGGUACUGCUGGAAUCCUUGGACCUUUCUCGGAACCAACUAUCAGGGGAAAUUCCUCCAAGCUUUGCAGAUUUGAAGACCAUAAGCGUCCUGAACCUCUCGAGCAACAGUUUAUCAGGGAGGAUACCUACGGGCAAUCAGUUGCAGACACUCGUAGAUCCUUCAAUAUACAGCAAUAAUCCUGGGCUGUGCGGGUUUCCGUUGGAAGACUGUGUAAACUCGUCGACACCUACGCAAAUCGAAGAGAGGCAGGCUGAAGAUAGAGAGACAUUGUGGUUGUGUUGCUUUGUGGCUGCUGGGUUCAGCUUUGGGUUCUGGCUGUACUGGGGCAUGUUCAUGUUUCGCAGCGAGACAUGGAGAUUUGCGUUCUAUCAGUAUGUGGACAACAUGCAAGCCAUGGUAACCAAGAAGAUAUAUAGCUGCAUGUCGCACUUUCAGGUCAACGGCGCUGAAUGA